AGAAGUGUAAGCAUAAACAAACAUGGCGGACAGCUUUCGUCCGACGACCGAUCUCGUUAUACAUACAACGUGUGAAUAUAUUUAUUUUUAACCCUUAAUGUUGGAUACUUUUUUGUACAUAACAUUACAUUAUGUCUGAAAUGUGUGUUUUAAUUUUACAAAAUGUUCCUUUUUUAGCGCAACAACGUAACUUUAGCGUAGAAGGCAGGUUACCUAGGCAACCACAGCCCGUCUGAAGUCUUCUACUGUCAAAGAUUAUUGGACUCCCGUUGUGGCGUUCUGUGGACCAUGGAGCAGUACAGCAUUCUGGGCCGUGUGGGAGAAGGCGCUCACGGCAUCGUGUUCAAGGCCAAGCACAUCGAGACUGGCCAGACGGUGGCGCUGAAGAAGGUGGCUCUAAGGCGCCUAGAGGACGGCGUGCCCAACCAGGCCCUGCGGGAGAUCAAGGCCCUGCAGGAGAUCCAGGACAACCAACACGUGGUGGCGCUGAAGGAGGUCUUCCCUCACGGGACGGGCUUCGUCCUGGUCUUUGACUUCAUGCUCUCUGACCUCUCUGAGGUCAUCAGGAACUCCCGGCGCCCUCUGACCCCGGCGCAGGUCAAAGGUUACAUGCUGAUGCUGCUGAAGGGCGUGGCCUUCCUGCAUCACAACAACAUCAUGCACCGCGACCUGAAGCCUGCCAACCUCCUCAUCAGCUCCUCAGGACACCUAAAGAUCGCCGACUUCGGUCUAGCCCGCCUCCUCAGCCAGAACCCAGAGCGACUGUACAGCCACCAGGUGGCCACCAGGUGGUAUCGUGCUCCUGAAUUGCUGUAUGGAGCCAGAAAGUACGACACAGGGGUCGACCUUUGGGCAGUAGGUUGUAUUUUUGGGGAAUUGCUGAACUCGUCUCCUCUGUUUCCUGGGGAGAAUGACAUCGAGCAGUUAUGUUGUGUCCUUAGGGUGCUGGGGACGCCCACGCGUGAAACCUGGCCUGAAAUGGUGGACUUGCCAGAUUACAACAAAAUCACCUUCAAAGAGAAUCCUGCCAUCCCAUUGGAGGAGCUCGUCCCUGACUCCUCCCCCGAGGCCGUCCACCUACUCUACAAGUUCCUGGUUUAUCCCUCAAAGCGGCGGUGCCCCGCCCACCAGGCUCUGGUCCACGCCUACUUCUUCAGCCCGCCUCUCCCCGCCCACCACUCGGAGCUGCCCAUCCCUCAGAGGGGCGGCGGCUAUCCCCACCAGCGGAUGCAGGCUCCGCCCCCCGACUUCUCUACAGACCUCCCCCUGGAGAACAGCGUGGUGGACCCCGCACUACUGCGGAGACACGCCUCCUGCCUGUGACCAAAGACAUCAAGUAUGGCAAAGGGGGGGGCGGGGCCUCACUGCAGUGCAUUAUGGGACUUGUAGUUAAUUUUCCUCAAGACAAGACAGAAGAAAAGCAUUAAAAUGUUUAAUCAUUUCUUGAAAGUUUCAUCAGGCCAUAAAAGAGACAGGAAGUGGAGGGUUUGGGGGGGCGGACAUCUUGCUGGGGAAGUCAACGAGGCACUUUGUUACCACUUAGCUGCAGGACGUCGGCCAUCUUGGCUGUUGCUAUAGUGGUCGCCGUGGCGACGUGUGUAUGGCUCUAGUUCAACUUCUAAAGGUUUUUCAUCACAAGCAAGCAAGUAGUUUCUAUUCUCUAUAGUGGUCAUAUGUCAAGGUUAUUUCCUUUUAGAAAAAAUAAAUAAAAAUGACAUGCUUGGAAGGGUCGAGGUCAAAGUUCAGCCAAGUUCUUUGCAUAUGCGAUUUAAAAGUGUCAUUGGCCACGCCUCUUGUCCCGCCCACCACCUCCAUGGAGCGUCCAAUCACAUGCAGGAAGAGGCGGGUCUUGGCCAGAAAAGCCCUUAAAAUGACAAUAAAAAAAAAAUAAAAAAAUAAAAAUCAAACCUCCUAUCAGAGGGAGAGUCCACCCGCUAGGCCCCGCCCACUGAGACGACGGCCAGUCAGAACCUGCGAGAGUUUGCGUGGGCCGGGCUCCAGCCAGGGGCCCGGAGCCUCUUCCUGCAUCAGCCCGGCUCCCGUCCAAUCAGAAGCCUGCGCUACGCCGGUGCCUGAUUGGCUGUCGUCUGAUUGGCUGUCUUGAGCGGCGUCCAGCGGCAUCAGGAAGGAGAAGGCCGCUUGCUGAGGAGCAGCCGAGCUCCCACAAUGCUCGGCAUCGCCCUCCUCCUCCCUCAUUUUGCCACUCCUCCUCUCCUCUCUCAUCUUCCUCUUCUCUCUCAUCCUCUUCUUCUUCUCCUCCUCCUUGGCCUCCUCCUCCACCAGGUCCAGGUCCAGAUCAGGAGGCCCUCCCCUUCUGCUUCUUGGUUUGCUUCCUCUGGUCUUCAUCCUCCUCCUCCUGUCUCCUCCUCCUCCCCUGUGUGUGCUGUGGGGGGUGGUCGCCAUGGUGACAGCCUCUCGUGAGGGGGUGUGGGCCGGGGCGUCGUCCUCAGGGCCUAUCAGAGACGAGGGCACACAAUUAGCCGCACUUCCUUUGGGAUUAUAUUCCCAGUUUUGAUCUUGGACGUCUGGUCACUUAUAGCGGUGUUUUUCAACCACUGUGCCGCGGCACACUAGUGUACCGUGAAAUACAGUCAGGUGUGCCGUGGGAGAUUAUCUAAUUUCACCUAUUUGGAUUAAAAAUAUUUUUUUGCAAACCAGUAAUUAUAGUCAGCAAAUUGGGUUGUUGUUGAGUGUCUGUGCUGUCUAGAGCUCGGCAGGUUAACAGUGUAAUACUCUUCCAUAUCAGUAGGUGGGAGCCGGUAGCUAUUGUUCGUAGAUGUCAGAAACAGCGGGAGGCAGUGUGCAGGUAAAAAGGUGUGCAAUGCUUAAACCAAAAAUAAACAAAAGGUGAGUGCCCCUAAGAAAAGGCAGUGAAGCUUAGGGAAGGUUAUGCCGAACGAAACUGAAACUGAACUGGCUACAAAGUAAACAAAACAGAAUGCUGGACGACAGCAAAGACUUACUGUGGAGCAAAGACGGCGUCCACAAUCUACAUCUGAACAUGACAUGACAAUCAACAAUGCACCCACAAAGAAGGAUAAAAACAACUGAAAUAUUCUUGAUUUCUAAAACAAAGUAUGUGCGGGAAAUAGCGCUCAAAGGAAGACAUGAAACUGCUACAGGAAAAUACCAACAAAAUAGGAAAAGCCACCAAGAUAGGAGCGCAAGACAAGAACUAAAACAUUACACACAGGAAAACAGCAAUGAACUCCAAAUAAGUCAGGGCGUGAUGUGACAGGUGGUGACAGUACACCUACUUUGAGACAAGAGCUAUAGUGAUGCAUGCUUGGUUAUGCUUUAAAGUCAUAUCCAACAAUUGCGACAACAACUUUUUACAGUCAACUGAGUUUAGUUUUUUAAUGAUUUCUGCUGGUGGUGUGCCUCUAGAUUUGAUCAACGCAAAAAAUGUGCCUCGGCUCAAAAAAGGCUGAAAAACACUGACUUAUAGCAUAUAAGAAUAUUCUAUUACUGUUAAGUAAACUAUGAAUAACAAAACACGCCGAAACAUGUGUCCUUUAUCACCGCUAGACGUAUGACAGAAAAACAGCGUGAAACAUGUGUCCUUUAUCAUCGCUAGACGUAUGACAGAAAAACAGCGUGAAAAUCAGUGGUAUUCAGUGAGGUAAGAUGAAUUAAAUGCGCUGACAAAUCAUUGCUCCUGCUAAAUAAAUUGCACUGAGUGGAUCGCAUCACCACUCCAAGAUGGCGGCCCAGCGUCUCGUUAGCGCCCGUAGUCAGUAGCGCGCCAAGCUGCGUUCCCUUAUUACAUGGGUGUCAAACUCCGGCCCGCGGGCCAAAUUUGGCCCGCCGUGUAAUUUAAUUUGGCCCUUGAGGCAAUAAGAAAUUAACAUUAGAGCUGGCCCGCCGGUAUUAUAAGGCGGCGGUGACGCUCUAACACCGCAUUCACUCAUACUUGCCAACCCUCCCGAUUUUCCCGGGAGACUCCCGAGGUUCAGUGCCCCUCCAGAGAAUUUCCUGGGGCAACCAUUCUCCCGAUUUCCACCCAGACAACAAUAUUGGGGGCGUGCCUUGUGGGCACUCCUCUACAUCCUGUCGUCAGUGUCCGCUUUUCCUCCAUACAAACAGCGUGCCAGCCAAGUCACAUAAUAUACGCAAGUUGUGCACCCACACAAGUGAAUGCAACGCAUACUUGGUCAACAGCCAUACAAGUCACACUAAGGAUGGCCGUAUAACUUUAACACUUACAAAUAUGUGCCAGACCGUGAACCCACACCAAACAAGAACGACAAACACACUUCGGGAGAACAACCUUACCGUAACACAACAUAAACACAACAGAACAAAUACUCAGAAUCCCUUGCAGCACUAACUCUUCUGGGACGCUACAAUAUAUGCCCCCCCAACUCCACCCACCUCAUUAUUUUAUUUUCAAAUUUAUUAGCCUGUGGAAAAGGUUAAUGUUGAUAUUUGACUAGGAAGGCUGCAAAUAGAGAAGAGGCAUUAAAUGUUUUAUUUGAAUUUUAUUUAAUAUACCAUUGAUGUUUUUGUUUUUUGAAAGUUGAUUUUGCACUGUUAAGUUAUAUAAGCGUUGCUUGUUCCAUAUUCAGUGUUAAAGCAAAUCAGUGUAGCAAACUGAGCGACAAUUAAAGUUUUAUUCAUGCACUUUCUCUUGCUACUUCAAGGCUUGAAUGUUUGAUUAAUUCAUUAUUGUUAUUUUAUUUUCAAAUGUAUUAUUAGACUGUGGAAAAUUUUGAUUUUGAUAUUUACCUCAGAAGGCUGCAAAUAGAAAAGAGGCAUUCAGUUUUUAUUUGAAUUUUAUUUGACAUGCCAUUGAUAUGUUGAAUCAUAAUUAUUUGAAGCUCGAUUUUGCAUUUCACUAUAAAGUUAUAUAAGCCUUGCUUGUUCAAUAUUCAAUGCAAAACUUGUUUGGGUCCCUGUUAAAAGGUUAAUUUUUUCAA